GAGCAACGCUGAAGCUCACGUAGAUAAGACGCAAAGCGCGAGAUAACGAGCGCAUCACACAGGCAGGCACUGCGCGGCUCUCUAGCAAACACGCCACAACGAAAACCGGUGGUGGGGUCAAUUAUCGUGUCUCGUGAGGUGGGUUGAAUAUAAACGCCGAAAAGUUCAUUCCGUUUCAGAUCACGUACCAAGCAAACAGCAAACGUUAUCUUGCAACGCAGUUCAGUUGCACAUCUCAGCACGAUCGGAUCGGAGAGCAGCAGUAAUUUUGCAGCAAUGAUGAAAGUUCAAACAGUGCGUGGCCCGGUCGAUCCGGAGCAGCUCGGGUACACCCUUACGCAUGAGCACUUUUCGCUCAACUUCGACAAGAUGUACUCGGCUCCGCCGGAUGCGGUCGAGGAGUACGUGAGCAAGCGCAUUACGCUGGAGAAUGUGGGGUACGUACGGCAGUACCCGUACGGUAGCCGGUACAAUAUCAACUUCGAAGACUUUGAUACGCACGAAGCCGUAACCAAGGAUGUGGUGGCGUACAAGAAGUUUGGUGGUGGCGCAAUUGUCGAGAACACAUCCCAUGGAUUGGGUCGCAAUCUGAAGCUGAUGCACGAUGUGUCGCGGGAAGCGAACGUGCAUGUGAUUGCUGGCACGGGACACUACAUUCACGUGAUGCAGGAUGCGGCAACGCACGCGAUGAGUGUGGAGCAGAUGACGGACCUGUACACGAAGGAGCUGCUGUUUGGCGUGGAGGUGGACGGGUUAGAUGAGCCGGUAAAGUGUGGAUUUAUUGGGGAAGUGGGCAGCGGUUGGCCGAUCAGUCACUUCGAGCGGAACGCGAUACAGGCAACGGCGGAGGUACAGGGUGUGGUUGGAUGUGGCGUAUCGUUCCAUCCGGGCAGGGAGCGGGAGGCACCGUACGAGAUCGUUCGGCUGUAUCUGGAGGCGGGUGGCAGUGCGUCCAAGUGUGUAAUGUCCCAUCUCGAUCGGACGCUGUUCGAGGACGAGGAUCUGCUGGAGUUUGCCAAGCUGGGCACGUACCUGCAGUUCGAUCUGUUCGGUACGGAGUGUUCGUACUAUCAGCUCAACCCGAACUCCUACAUGCAGUCGGACGAGCAGCGCAUCCAGAAGAUUGUCCGUCUGAUCGAGGAGGGUUACGCGGAGCGCGUGCUGAUGGCGCACGAUAUACACACGAAGCAUCGUCUGACCUCGUUCGGUGGUCACGGGUACAGCCACAUACUGAACAACGUGCUGAUGCGCUUCUCGCUCCGUGGCAUCGACAUUAAGACGGUCGACACGAUGACGAUCGCCAAUCCGGCGCGCUGGCUCGAGAUGAAGGUUUAAGUUUAAGUACCACGGUGUACCCACAUGUGGCGUUUCUUUUUUGGAAGUAUUUUUUGUGCCCAUAUCCAGAUAUUUUAAUCAAUAAACGCAGCUCCGGCUCUAUCUUCUACGUA